AUGGAACAUGCAACAUCAGAUAGUAUAACAAAUCAACAGGAUACUUUAACGAUACAAAGGCAUCAACAACAGCAACAACAUCAACAACAACAAAAAUAUGAUGAGCAACAGUAUCCUUAUAUGUCACAAACACCUUCAUUUUCAUCAUCAUCAUCAUCAUCGAGUCUAUUAAAUCAACCAAUAAUAAAAUCUUCAUCAUUAGCAGUAAAAUUUGAAAAACAACAAAAGCAAUUAGAAGAAAAAUUUAAACAAAAAGAAAAUGAACAAAAACAUUUUAUUGGAUCAUCUGUUUCAUCACCAUUAUCAUCGUCAUCAUUAGUAUUGUCGCCAUCUUCUUCAUCAUCAUCAUCAUCUUCAUCAUCGUUUUUAUCAUCAUCGUUAUCAUCAUCGUCUGCGUUAAAAUCGUAUUCAUCGUCUUUAACAUCAUCAUCAUCAGCAUCAUCGUCAUCGUAUUAUCCUGACCUGCAUAUUGAUGGACAUGCGAUAACAAAUAUAACAACACAAAUUGGUACACAUGCUUAUCUACCAUGCAAGGUGAAACAACUUGGAAAUAAAUCUGUAUCAUGGGUUCGUGUACGAGAUGGACACAUAUUGACUGUUGACAGGGCGGUAUUCAUUGCAGAUCAAAGAUUUUUAGCAUUACAACAGUCAGAUAAUAGUUGGACAUUACAAAUAAAAUAUGUUCAAGCUCGUGAUGCUGGUAUAUAUGAAUGUCAAGUGUCAACAGAACCAAAAGUUAGUGCAAAAGUUUAUCUUCAAGUAGUUGUGCCCCGAACUGAAAUUGUUGGUGAAUCCGAUCGAUAUGUUAAAGCUGGAAGUACAGUUGUAUUAAGAUGUAUUGUAAGAGGUGCUUUAGAGCCACCAGUAUUUAUAACAUGGUCACAUGGAUCGAAACAAUUAACAGCCGAUUCACCUGGUAUACGUAUGCAAGUUGAUAAAAGUUUAUUGGAUCCAAUGUCAGAGGAUGAUAAUCAACAGCAAACAACGAUCGGAUCAUUAAUCAUUGAUGUUGCAAGAAAAUAUCACAAUGGUAAUUACAGUUGUAGCCCAUCAAAUAGUCCAAGCGUAACAGUAACGUUAAAUGUGAUUAACGGUGAAUCGAGUGCAUCAGCUGUAACAUCAUCAGCAAAUCAAGAAAAAUAUACCAGCUCUAUUGUUGGCAUUUUAUUAUCCUUGUUAUUAAUACUAUUUAGGACAUGACAUGUUUUUUCUUAUAAUAUUAAUUAUGAUAUUUUUAUAUAAUUUAGGUUAACAAAAUAUUAUUACAUAAUAAAUAUAAAAAUAAAAAAAACAAAAAAAAUACAAUACAUAUACAUAUAAAUUAAUAUUUAAUAUAAAAAUACUAUUUAAUAUAUUAGUUUUAGAUUAAAUAUACAUCUACA